CAGAUUUGGGCACGAGCAGCGCGUGCGCGUCAUCUCAGCGCGCUCCAGUGAGUUUGAGCUGCAGCCGUUUCAUUCCGCUUGCGUCUGUUUGACGUGAACACGCGGCAUAUUCAGCCCUCAUAACUGAAGAGCGCUAUUAAAACAAAGUUUCAGAAACUCUCGAGUGUUUUGCUCUCGCACGCACACAGACAGUGGUUUGGUCAGGAUGGGCUGCUCAUCGUCCAGCACGCAGACGCUCGCGCAGGAGAACCGACCGGGCGUCAAAGCGGAGGAGGCGCGCGGAGAAACUCUGCUUUCUCAUAAUGGUAUUGUAGCAGAAGACAGCGAGACCGUCUCGGAUCAGAUGCUGGAUGAGAUGGGUGCCGGACCGGAAGAGACGGUGAAGGACGUCCAGCCUGAGGCCUCAGAAGCAGAGCAGCUAAUGGUCAGCGCUAGUGAUGCUCCUCUGGAGGAGAGAGAUCCAGAAGACGUUCCUGAAACAUCAAGUCAUGAAGCUCCAGCUGAAGAGCAGCGAGAUGCUCAUACUGCAUCAGAACCCAGUGACACUACAGCUGCAGAACCCUCUCUAGCUGUGGAACCAGCAUCAGAUCUCAGCAGCACUCCAGCUGAGCUAACUGCAGCUCCAGAAGCACUGUCAGACGUGAGCUCGGAACCCACACUAGAGCAAGCAAACACAUGUCCUGAAGCGACACCAGUGCAACCAACUCCAGCUUCAGAACCAGUUCCAGAGGAAGUUAGCCCUGUUCCUGAACUCACUGUGUCUGAGCCUGUCCCGAGUGCAGAAUCAGCUUCUGCUGAGGAUCCGACUGUGUCUCCGGAACCCACUGCAGUGGAACCAAGCCCAGCUCUAGAGUCAACUCCAGCUCUAGAACCCACAGCCGAGGAACCAAGUCCGGCUCAAGCGACCGAAGAUCCGAAUCCAGCUCCAGAACCAACGGCUGAGGAACUGAGUUCAGCUCCAGAACCCGCAGCUGAGGAACCGAGUCCAGCUCCAGAACCCACGGCUGAGGAACCGAGUCCAGCUCCAGAACCCACGGCUGAGGAACCGAGUCCAGCUCCAGAACCCACGGCUGAGGAACCGAGUCCAGCUCCAGAACCCACGGCUGAGGAACCGAGUCCAGCUCCAGAACCCACGGCUGAGGAACCGAGUCCAGCUCCAGAACCCACGGCUGAGGAACCGAGUCCAGCUCCAGAACCCACGGCUGAGGAACCGAGUCCAGCUCCAGAACCCACGGCUGAAGAACCGAUUCCAGCUCCAGAACCCACGGCUGAGGAACCGAGUCCAGCUCCAGAACCCUUGGCAGCAGCAGUGGUCUCACAGGCUGCAGAGGAGAAUGCGACCUGCGCAGACGCUUCAGAAGGAGCCGUUGAGGAGAUCACAGCAGAUACAGCUGGUGAGACGCUCCUGCAGGGGUCAGAGUGGUCGGUGAAGAUGGAGCUGAUCUGAAAUCCACAGAACCUGCAGAAUGAUGUCAAUGUGUUGUUGUGACGCUGGAAGACGUGCCUUUUAUUUCAGAGGAUUUGGGCUUCACAUACGUUUGUACAUAAAUUAGUGUUUCUAAGUAGCAUCAUCAUCAUUAGCAUUGUUAUUAAAAGCCUCUGAGAGCGCAGGGUCCCGAGGGUAACCAGCUGAGCGUGGGACGAAUGUUUGUGCUUCUGGAUAAAAUCACUGCAUCAUGUCCUCAUCUUCAACUGAGUCAAACACAAAAGCAAUAUUAACUCAUCUGAACAAACACGAGCCAAAACUCAAUAACUGUGAGUCAGCCAAAUUAUGUUUAAUAAUGUGUCUUUAAAUGGGUCAAAAGGGCCUUGUCUCUUUAUGUAUUUAGUGUAUUCUUCUCUGCAGAUGCAAAGCAGCUUGACUCUUUACUUGCAUUAAUCAAUGACACAGAAAGGCACACAUAGUAUAUUAAUCAAUAGUAUAUACUGUUGGGUUAUUUUAGUACAGUUUGUGGUGAUUGAUAGUUACACUUAAACUCCAGAGGACUAAUAAACCUCAUCAUAAUAAACCUGGCUUUAACCCAACGAUUCAAAUCGCUUCAAGUCCUGAAGAUAAGCAGUUGCUCAGUAAAACAUAUCAGUGCGUGAAGACAUGAAAGUUGAGCUCUUUAUAUAAAUAAAUCAAGCUUUUAAUGAACUGUGACAUGAUCUCUGCACAUCUCCUAUAUGUGUCUUUUUACAUUUAUAUGUGCACAGAAUAAA